GCCUCGGUGAAGCCCGCAACCUCGCCGCCGCCGCCCCAGCAGCCGCCGCAGCCGGUCCCCGCCUCCUGCGAGCAGCCCUCGGUGGACACCGCGAUCAAAGUGGAGGGAGGCGCGGCCGCCGGCGACCAGAUCCUCCCCGAGGCGGAGGUGCGCCUGGGCCAGGCCGGCUUCAUGCAGCGCCAGUUCGGGGCCAUGCUCCAGCCCGGGGUCAACAAAUUCUCCCUGAGGAUGUUCGGCAGCCAGAAAGCCGUGGAGCGCGAGCAGGAGAGGGUUAAAUCGGCCGGGUUUUGGAUUAUCCACCCCUACAGCGACUUCAGGUUUUACUGGGACCUGACCAUGCUGCUGCUCAUGGUGGGAAACCUGAUCAUCAUUCCUGUGGGCAUCACCUUCUUCAAGGAUGAGAACACCACUCCCUGGAUUGUCUUCAACGUGGUGUCGGACACGUUCUUCCUCAUCGACUUGGUCCUCAACUUCCGCACAGGGAUCGUGGUGGAGGACAACACAGAGAUCAUCCUGGACCCACAGAGGAUUAAGAUGAAGUACCUCAAAAGCUGGUUUGUGGUGGAUUUCAUCUCCUCCAUCCCUGUGGACUACAUCUUCCUCAUCGUGGAGACACGCAUCGACUCGGAGGUGUACAAGACGGCCCGCGCCCUGCGCAUUGUCCGUUUCACCAAGAUCCUCAGCCUCCUGCGCCUCUUGCGUCUCUCCCGCCUCAUUCGAUACAUUCACCAGUGGGAAGAGAUCUUCCACAUGACCUACGACCUGGCCAGCGCAGUGGUGCGCAUCGUGAACCUCAUCGGCAUGAUGCUCCUGCUGUGCCACUGGGACGGCUGCCUGCAGUUCCUGGUGCCCAUGCUGCAGGACUUCCCCGACGACUGCUGGGUGUCCAUCAACAACAUGGUGAACAACUCGUGGGGAAAGCAGUACUCCUACGCCCUCUUCAAGGCCAUGAGCCACAUGCUGUGCAUCGGGUACGGCCGGCAGGCGCCGGUGGGCAUGUCGGAUGUCUGGCUCACCAUGCUCAGCAUGAUCGUGGGCGCCACCUGCUACGCCAUGUUCAUCGGCCACGCCACUGCCCUCAUCCAGUCCCUGGACUCCUCCCGGCGCCAGUACCAGGAAAAGUACAAGCAGGUGGAGCAGUACAUGUCCUUCCACAAGCUCCCGCCCGACACGCGGCAGCGCAUCCACGACUACUACGAGCACCGCUACCAGGGCAAGAUGUUCGACGAGGAGAGCAUCCUGGGCGAGCUGAGCGAGCCGCUGCGGGAGGAGAUCAUCAACUUUAACUGUCGAAAGCUGGUGGCCUCCAUGCCGCUGUUUGCCAACGCGGACCCCAACUUUGUGACAUCCAUGCUGACCAAGCUGCGCUUCGAGGUCUUCCAGCCGGGGGACUACAUCAUCCGCGAGGGCACCAUCGGCAAGAAGAUGUACUUCAUCCAGCACGGCGUGGUCAGCGUGCUCACCAAGGGCAACAAGGAGACCAAGCUGGCCGACGGCUCCUAUUUUGGAGAGAUCUGCCUGCUGACGCGGGGCCGGCGCACAGCCAGUGUGAGGGCUGACACGUACUGCCGCCUCUACUCGCUGAGCGUGGACAACUUCAACGAGGUGCUCGAGGAGUACCCCAUGAUGCGGCGGGCCUUCGAGACGGUGGCGCUGGACCGCCUGGACCGCAUCGGUGAGGGCCGGGUGGGAGGGCGGCGGGAGGUGGGGUUCCCAGCCGGGCAGGUGCCCACCUGCCCCCCCAGAACUUUCCCGAGUGCCCCACCCCGGGCCUCCGGCUCGCACGGGUCCUUGCUCCUGCCGCCCGCCUCUAGCCCCCCGCCGCCCCAGGUCCCCCAGCGCCGGGGCACGCCACCCCUCACCCCAGGCCGCCUCACCCAGGACCUCAAGCUCAUCUCAGCCUCGCAGCCGGCCCUGCCCCAGGACGGGGCCCAGACUCUCCGCCGAGCCUCCCCGCACUCCUCUGGGGAGUCCGUGGCUGCCUUCCCGCUCUUCCCCAGAGCCGGGGGCGGCGGCGGCGGGGGCAGCGGGGGCCUCGGUCCUCCCGGGAGGCCCUGUGGUGCCGUCCCCGGCCAACACGUCACUCUGCCUCGGAAGACAUCCUCAGGUUCUUUGCCACCCCCUCUUUCUUUGUUUGGGGCAAGAGCCACCUCUUCUGGGGGGCCCCCUCUGACUGCUGCUCCCCAGAGGGAACCUGGGGCCAGGUCCGAGCCGGUGCGCUCCAAACUGCCGUCCAAUCUAUGAGCUGCGGCCCCUCCCCCUCCCUCUUCUCGUCUUUUUUUCUCCCUUUUCUUCCUUCAGGUUUAACUGUGAUUAGGAGAUAUACCAAUAACAAUAAUAUUUAUCAUUAAAAAAAACCCACACCAGAAAAACAAAAGACAGCAGAAAAUAACCAGGUAUUCUUAGAGCUAUAGAUUUUUGGUCACUUGCUUUUAUAGACUAUUUUAAUACUCAGCACUAGAGGGGAGGGAGGGGGAGGGGAGCAGGCAGGGCCCAAAUGCAAAAGCCAGAGGAAGGCGGGUGGGAUCUCCGGGGCUUGGCAGGGGUGGGGGUGACCCAUGUUUGGGGUUCCUAGAGCAGAUCUGUCAUUGUAUUCAUUUUAGGGCAAUAGCCACCACCAGGCCCUUAGCUGUGAACUUGGAGCCCCGCUCUGCUGGGGGUCAUCUCAUUCCUCCAGGAAGGGCUGCCCUUGGGUUUGUUCCUGCAGAGUCUCAGUUGCCCAAGCCCUUGGGACAAACGGGGGCUAGGACCUUGAGCGUCUUGCAUUUUUUCUACUGCAAACUUAGCAAGCUAUGUAUAUGAAUAUAUGUAUAUGUAUGUAAGAUGUGUAUAUGUAUCGCUAUGUAGCGCUGCGUAGAGCCAUGUAGAUAGCCACCACGUGUGUGCACAUGUGUGUGCAGCCGAGUUAACCCCGUGUUGCUGGGACACCCAGGUCACCUUACAUGCAGCAGCCCGCCUUGGCCCGCAGGCUGGGCAGCACGGGGCCUGGGGCACUUACUCUCUCCAGCCCUCAGGGAAGAGGCCCCAGGAGCUCUCAGCAGGCCCCCCCUCUCCCCAUCUCUGGUCUCAAGUCCGUUCCCUGCCCGACCUCCCACUCGGAAGCAGAAGACUCCAGCGUGCCUCCUUUCCCGUAGGGCCUCAAGCACACCCCGUCACCUCUGGGCCCGCAGUUUUCCCGUCUGUGCAGUGAGGGGUGAGGGGAGCUUCUGUUCAUUGAGUCCGCUCUGUGCCAAGCACUGGUUUAGCACUUUACAUCCAUUAACGUUCUUCAGUUUUACAAAGACCGGGAAGGUGUAGUUACUUUGAUUCUUCCCAUUUCACAGAUGAGGAAACCGAGUCUCGGUAACUUCCAGAAUUGCACACCUGCGCGUGGCAGAGCUGGGACUGAUCUGAGAGUAUAAUCCAUGCCUGCCUGAGGCCAAAGCUGAUAUCCCUUUCAUUAGAAAACUGUUGAGAGGGGCUGAGUUCAGCGGUCCCCACGCAUGGUGCAGAGGGAAGAGACCAGAUUUUGGAGGCAAUCAGACCUGGGUUUGAAUCCCAGACCUGCCACUUUGCUGUGUGACCUUGGGCAAGUUAGCUUUCUGAGUCUGUUACCUCAUUUGUAAAAUGGGAGUCACUGUGGUCCCACUUCACAAGGACCUAUGACGGCCAGGUGAGAAAAGCAGCCCAUGUGAAAUGCCCAGCCCAGCACCUGGCACAUCCCGUAGUAGGUGCUCAGCACAUCAUGUUUCUUCUGCCCCGUCCCCAUGUGCCCAGCGCUGCCCCAGGGAGCUGUGGUGAGAGUGCAGGGAGCUUUGGCUGCAGGCUCCAGGACUUCUGAGCUCAGGACACAGGAGGUGGCCGGACCUUUCUAAGGGCCUAAGGAAGGUGUGUGGCCAGUGGUGGGCUUGAGCCAGGCCUCCAGGUAUGGGAAGAGUGGGAGGGAAGGAGGGAGGGAGGAAGGGAGGCAAGGAAGGAGGGAGCAAGGGAUCGGAUGGAGCGCACGGUGGGGACAUGACUGAGGUGGGUGUGGAGGCGGGGUGGUCAGAGGGAAUGCCUUAGAUGACAGGCUAAGGGGAGUGGCAACUAGGAGCCAGAAGCGUCCAGCGUGGGGGCCACUGUGAAAGCAGCUCAGAUACCUGCCAGAGCCAAGGUCAGUGGUCUGCUCACUGCUUAAAGGGUGGGAGGAGUUUAGGCUGCUCAGACUUGAAUAAUGAAGAGGGCUGGAACAGCCUUGUCCAUCCAGAACCCUCCUCCACACUCUAAGCCAGAAUGUUGGCAAGGUCAGGUUUUGGCCUGGGAUGUGGACAAAAUUCCUCCACGGAUGGGCCACAGUGGGUGUGAGGCAAUAAUCCAGGGGAGAAGAGGGCAAAGGAUCCUGGGAGCUUAGGGAGCGACUGGGAGCCGCCCAGCUUUGGGCUCCACUGGGCAGGAGGAGCCCCCUUGGGUCCAGGGAGCUCUCAGAGCUGGAAGUAGCAAUAUCCUCAACUUGAGUUCUGCCCCCACCUCUGCCCCUCAAGGAAGGCAGCAGGACUUGAUCCAAACUCAGUCUAGUCCUGGAGGUGGCAGGGGAUGAGUCGGGUGGAGGGUGCAGGGCCAUGAGCAGUGAGGACCCUCCCUUGCCAUCAGGGCUUGGCCUCACCACCCUCUUUACACACACUCAUUUUGUAAAAGCUCUGACUCAGCCCAGAGACCCCAUGGAGACUGGGGAAGCCAGGUCAGAGGGCCCUCCCAUCCCCGAUCCCCCACAAGCAAUUUUCAAAUCUUCCACUUUUAAAAUGGAAAACGGUAAAUGCGCCGUGUUGUAUAUUUUAUUUAAAUAAAAAAAAUGCCAGCAGAUGCUGCCUUCUUCUAGGGGCCGGAGAUUGGGGGGGGGGCGGAGUGAAGGCAGUGGGGCAUUCUGGAGGCUCCGGAGCCAGGCUGGGGGGGCAGUGGGACAUGGUCUCGAGAGCCCGUGGGCACUCGUGGGCACAAGCCUGUGCCCCCAGGAGCAGGGGGCCAGAGGUGUGCAGGGGUGCGCCGUCUGGCUAGGAGAAGCCUGUGCGCUGUUUAUGGGUUGGUGAGAGUCACAGAGGAGAAGGGUGAGAGCGCGUGCCUGUGCCUGCGGGUGCGAGGCCCUGGCUCCACCCUUCCCACACCAGCUGCGGGGCUGCAGAGUCCUGGGCCUCCUCGGUGCUCCGUGCAGGAGGAGGGUAGUCAGUGUGCACGUGACCCCAGAUGGAUAGUGAAGAGGGAGAUGCCAUCUUAGCCUGAUCAGAUGGGCCCUCAGAAGCCGGAGGGUGGAUGAGGGACAAAAGGUGACCAGGCUGGGGGGAGGGUGUCGUGGCCAGGACAGAAGGUUGCUUUUCAGAGAGGCCACGGAGGGAACACAGUCGCUGGUCUCCUAAGGAGGCUGGGGAACCUGAGAGGCCCAGCAGGAGAUGUGGCAACCACCCCCCAACUGGGGGGGUUGGGACAGCUGACCCCCAGACCCCCUAAAAAGCCCUCAGAUGGCCGCCUCCACCACCCCUGGCCGCAGAGGGCCCCUGCGGGCCCUGGGAGCUGGACCUCACCGUGUAGGUGAGAGGCAGUGAUCCGCGGCUGGAAGAGCGAAGUCCCCCGGGGCUCCCAGCACGGCGCGAGGAAUGCCGUGUUGCCUGCUGGAGGAGGGGAGAGUCCUCAGAAAAGGCCAGGGAACCC